GAGUUUGGAUUUGGCUGCAGAGUCAAAUAGGUAUUUUGAAUAUAUUCACAGAAAAGAAAAAAACCAGAGAUAUGAAAUGUAUUUCUAAAAAUAGAAAAGUAGGGACUAAGGGGUAAGGAGAGAGACAGACGUUUAGUACAGUUGGAGAAGAGAAAUGUUAGGUAGAAAAUAGUCCAACAAACUUGAGUCAAUGUGAGUAAACUGUCUCCACAAGAUGGCAGUAAUGCAAAACUAAUGAUUUAAAUUACAAAACCUCAAGGAAGAGGAGUUCCCUGUACAGUGUUCAUUCAUAAGGACAGCCCCGUGUCCGUGACCGUGGUCAAUCCCUGGCAAACAUGGCGGGUUACUUGAAGGCUCUGAGCUCCGUGUCCACAGGAGUAGCUGCUGCUGUGGCUCUGAAGCCCGCGAUACUCUCACCGGCUGCUGUCUGUCUCCAACACAGGAACUGUAAGUCUGCUGUCGACUGAAACCACUAAACUAUUACUCUAAUGAUUUAACUGUCACCUGACAGUGUGUGUGUGUGUGUGUGUGUGUGUGUGUGUGUGUGUGUGUGUGUGUGUGUGUGUGUGUGUGUGUGUGUGUGUGUGUGUGUGUGUGUGUGUGUGUGUGAGUGAACAGAGGGAUUGUUUUUGAGCUAAUCUUAAAAAAUGUCGUUUUUAGGGGACGCCGGUAGGAAGUCGAUGUGGCGGAUUGGCGAUUUGCCAACUCUGAAUCACUCUUAAAAUAAAGUCUGUUAAUUUCUGAGGGUUCAUUUCAGCACAGCAGCUUAAUAAGAGGACAUUAGAAUGUUACUGUGACAGAAAAUUGGUGGAAAUAAAGAAAUUAAACAUAAGUGAAAGUGGUUUAAGAUUUGAGGAGAAGUACUUCAUUCUGAGUUCAACAGGUAAAAGCUGAAAUAUUAGUUCCUUUAAUCUGGUGCCAACCUGUCUUGGCAUGUGAGUCCAGGUAUUAUCAGGUACAAAAAGGCAGCAACUGCUAUCUUGGAAGCCAUAUAAUCCCAAGGUCAAUAUUUCUGGGAGAGUUUUACCUGCCUCAGCAAGACUGAACCUUGCUACUGGCGUGUCUGUUACUGUUAUAUUGGAGUUGCUGAAUACACAGGUUUUUGUAUUAACACAUCCAAGCACAGUGGAAUAUAACCUGCUUUUUUCGUCAGAGUUUUCAUCAACUUUCAUUCCCAACAAACUGGUUUCAUCUUUUUUUAACUGGUAGAGCCACUCUUUAGUUCACCUGUGUGGCGCUGUGGAGAGCACCAAAGGACAUUUAAAUUGCCCAAUAAUUACUUCAGGUGUUGUCCACAAGAAGCCUUUUGUUUUUUGACCGCAGGCUGGCGGCUGGAAUUUGUGUUGGAUUGAUUGGUUCAUGGCGCAAGAGAAUAAAUGGAUUGAUAUAUCCAAAUCAGGUUUUUUUUUGCCUACAGAACUUUUAUUGUUUGAGCUUAAUGGAACAAGUAGAUGGACACUCAGUGGACAAACAAAAAACUAGCCAUGGCUGUGAGUGCACAACAGAUCCGUCAACACUAACAAAUGUUUUAAAUAUGAUCUUAAUGGAAAAAGACCAAUAUCACUGGUAUUGGCAUGUUUUUUACACUGAGUACACUGAGCGGCCAAUAAAUAAUGCCUAGAUCACUUUUUUUGCAUUUGAUUAAAUGUUUUAUAAUAUUUGAUGCACAUUACAUUACUAAUAUGGUUGUCUUAACUAGAAAUAUGGUUCCGAUAGCUUUUGAAUUAAUCCAUGAAGUAGAAAAAUACAUUGGGUCCUGCUAUGGAUGACAGAGCACGACAUAUUUCUAAACUUAAUUACUCUACACAUCAUAACAGUAGGUCAAGCACUCUUCAGUAACUGUUCAGUUUGAUCUGCUGUCAUUUAGAAUCAAAAAAACAUUUAAGAUAUUAAUGUUGCGCAACAGCUGCUACAGUAAAAAGGGCGCCUGCAGUUUCUGAAGACAUUAUUUUUUAACUGCCCUCAUGAGCCCAGAUAUCAGCCUGUACUAAUUGUUUUUAAGUGUCAUUAACUGGCCAAAUCAAUCAGCCCAGCCUAUUAAUCGGUCCAUCUCUGACAAGGACAGUACAUUUUGUGGUGCUGCACAAAUCACAUCCAAAAAGAGUCACAUUAAAAACGUGCAGUUGGAGCAUUAUUGUUUCAAGACCCACCACAGCCUGCUCUUAACAUUUUGUGAUAUUGUAAAUUAAAAGGUACUCUCAGUCUGAAUCUGCCUGAAGUAUCAAAUAAUUAUUGAUGUUAAAAGGUCCUCAAAUUUUGCAGUAAAUGAUUGGCCUAUCAAACAUAGGAUACAAGAAAUUCCCUUUGAGGUAUAAUUUCAACUAAAUUCAUAUGUAUUUAUAUAUGUUACUGAUUUACAAUUCACAGCAUUAUGUGAAUUCAGUCAACAAUGAAAGUCAUUUACAGGUUUUAGUCUGCAAUACGUUUACUGUAUCUACAUUUCAAUACUAUCACUACUACACAGGAACUACUCAGUAAAACAUGACGGCUGAUGGAAGUGUACAUUUUUCAGAUGUAACGAAGCGGAUCAAGGUCGACCAGCCGGUGGUGGAGAUGGAUGGAGAUGAGAUGACCCGCAUCAUCUGGGAGUUCAUCAAAGAAAAGGUAGAGGAAAAUUGCCACAUGUUCAGAAAGAUUUAAGUGAUAAAGAAAAACAGGUUAAGCCUUUUUCUUUAUUUGCAAAUUUGAGGGUGACGUGUCUUUUUUUUCUCAAACCCAUUGUCUUGUGCAUGUUCAGCUCAUCCUGUCCAAUGUGGAUGUUGAGCUGAAGUACUUCGACCUUGGUUUGCCCUACCGAGACCAGACAGACGACCAGGUCACCAUUGACUCUGCUCUGGCGACCCAGAAAUAUAACGUGGCUGUGAAGUGUGCAACUAUCACCCCCGAUGAGGCUAGAGUUGAGGGUAAGUUUGGCUCCUAGUUUGCAUUUCAUGUCCAACUCGUGCAAGAAUUUACUGAUGUUUUUUGUGUGCACUUAUAUUUUUCAUAAGAGUUCAAGCUAAAGAAGAUGUGGAAGAGUCCAAAUGGCACCAUCAGAAACAUCCUGGGGGGGACGGUUUUUCGUGAACCAAUCCUUUGUAAAAACAUCCCUCGUCUUGUUCCCGGCUGGACACAACCCAUAACCAUCGGCAGACACGCUUUUGGAGAUCAGGUAAGAAAUGCAAAUGGAAGAUUUUGCUUAUUUCGCUGAAGAUGUAUCCAAACUGAUUGAGGUGCAGACUCACAUGUUUGGUUUGAUGUUUAAUCUCAAAGUACAGGGCCACAGACUUUGUCGUCGACCAACCUGGCAAGUUCAAGAUCAUUUUUUCCCCGAAUGAUGGCAGCAAGCAGAGGGAGUGGGUGGUGUACGAUUUCCCUGCAGGGGGCUGUGGAAUGGGAAUGUACAACACAGAUGAGGUGAGAUCUUUAGCUAUAGAUUUUUAUUGGCGUGAGAUACAAAAGAUUAAAGACGAACAUAAAGAUUUUAUUUUAAAACGUUUAUGUGGAGGCAUGAAUUUAGGGUUUUAUGAAAUGGCUAAAAAUGUGACCUCUCCUAUGUUGGGCACAGUCCAUCAGUGGAUUUGCACACAGCUGCUUCCAGUAUGCUAUAAAGAAGAAAUGGCCUCUGUACAUGAGCACCAAGAACACAAUCCUCAAGGCCUAUGAUGGACGCUUCAAAGACAUUUUCCAGGAUAUUUUUGAGAAGUAAGAUACCAAACAUUUUAGGACCCAAAAUAGAGGCAUUUUGAUUUUUUUAUGUUUAAUUAAACAACAAACCAUCUAAAUUGGUUGCUCUCUGUUAAAAAGAUAAGAAUGAUUGAAUUCAAUUUUUUUUUUCUUCCAGGAACUACCAGCCAGAGUUUGACAAACUAAAGAUCUGGUAUGAGCAUCGUCUCAUUGACGACAUGGUGGCUCAGGUCUUGAAGUCUUCUGGUGGAUUUGUCUGGGCCUGCAAGAAUUAUGACGGAGACGUGCAGUCAGAUAUCCUGGCUCAGGGUUAAGUGCACUUCAUUUUAAUGAUGUCUGAAGUACACCGUAUGGUUUUAGAGGGAUAGCUCAGUAUUUUGGAAAGGUGAUUGUAUGAGUUAAAUCACCAUUAAGUGACAGUGGAUGCAGAUCAGGGCUGCCCCUUAAAUGAAAAACAGCUUGGAGAGCUGACACGCAAGCUAGGCUACAGUUUUUGUGAAGACAGGUUCAAGUCUUUGAAAGUAUUGUGUUAAUUUAUAGAGACUGACCCGAGCACUAAUCUCAGUUUUAGUGUUUGCUCUUAUUUUUUUUUUUUUCAGCACUUUUCCAUCAGAAAGCAGGUUCAUUUUUAUCAGCAGUUGUGACACAUGUACAUGUUUCUUACUUUGGUCUGCAUGUUGUGUCCAGGUUUUGGCUCUCUUGGUCUCAUGACAUCAGUUCUGGUUUGUCCCGAUGGAAAGACUAUAGAGGCUGAGGCCGCCCACGGCACCGUUACCAGACACUACCGUGAACAUCAGAUUGUAAGGUCACACUCCUGCUGACACCUGGUUGAAUGAAUUCAACAUCACAUCUUUGUUAUAAAACUGAAGCAAAACUAGGCUUGUGUUUGAAAGCAGCAUUUAUCCAUGGUGCUAAGGGUAAAGAUCUGCAAGUCCUUCAGAGUCAAGCAGACAGAUCCUGGCAUUUUGGAGAUAAAUUCAGAAAAAUCUGUUCCACAAGUCAGGGGAGGAAAAGCAUUUGUGUCUGCGUGUCUGCAUUUGUAGGAAUAUCAGUAUAGCUGAAUGCAAAGACACCACAUAUUAAUGCUAAAGUCUCACUAACCAGCACUGUGUUUUUUAAUCAUAGGGAAGACCAACCAGCACCAACCCAAUAGCCAGUAUCUUUGCUUGGACCAGAGGACUGGAGCACAGAGGCAAACUGGACGGAAAUCCUGACUUGAUAAAGUAUUUAACUUUCUUCUUUGAUCAUUGUCAAUAACUGAUGUGAAAUAUGUUUAUAUAUAUAUAUAUAUAUAUAUAUAUAUAUAUAUCAAUCUUAAUCUUUUUCUCACCAGGUUCUCCCAGACUUUAGAAAAGGUUUGUGUAGAAACUGUAGAAAACGGUGUGAUGACCAAGGACCUUGCAGGCUGCAUUCAUGGCUUGGCCAAGUGAGUCAUUUCUCUGCCUCAAGCAUGUUGUUUAUACAUGGAUCAUUUCAUAAAAACAGAUUUUAUAAUUUACCAUUACUGUAACCUUUGUGUAUUAAUCCUGCAGCUGCAAGCUGAAUGAACAUUAUGUCAACACGUCAGACUUCCUGGAUGCUAUCAAGACCAACCUGAACAAAGCACUGGGCAAAUGAAGAUCAAUCUGAAGAGGCACUCAGAAUGUAAAAAGACAAACUCUGUCGGUAAAUUGAAGAAGUUUUUACUCUUUUUGUACGAAUUCUUAUCCAAUUUUGAAGGAACCAAUUGAGCAUUAUUUGUAAAUUAUUUGUAUUAGUCUAACUGACUGACACUGUGCCUCUCUACCUUUGCUGUUGCCAAUGGACCAAUUUUAUAUUGUACAAUCAAUUAAUUGCUGUAUAGUAAUUCAUAUCGAGUAUAGCUUUAAUAUAUUUUGGCCUUUUUAAAAGGUUUGAAUCUUUUGUAUGUAACUAUACAGUAUGUUUAAGGACCAAUUGGACGUUGUUUUGCACUGUCAGUAUAAUUAUUAAAAAGGGAAAUCUUUCAUUUGCUCGGAAAC